GAUAAAAAAUACAGAGAUGGUGGAAUCUAGUGCUGAUGCUUUGAAUGCGGAUUAUACAGCAAAUGUCCUUUCCGUACAAAGCAGGUUAGGAGAUAGAGAGCCAAGAUAUCAUACUCGAUAUAGCAAUGAUAGGAAUCGUGUCAGAAGCAGAAGCAGGGAUAGGCAGGUCUACCGCCGUGAUCAUGAUAGAGAGCGAUCGGAGCGUAGGCAGUCUAGCAGAGGAAGAUAUGCAAAUUUCAUUUGUAACUUCUGUAAAUUGAAAGGCCAUAUUCAGAAAAAUUGCUAUCGCUUGAAAAAUCAACAAAAUGGCAGGAGUUCGGUGAAGUUUGUCGAAGAUACACAAGGUUCUGGUAACGUGCCUGAUUAUUUUAAGCGUCUACGAAUUGAUUACAACAGCGACAGUGAUUCACCAGAUCUCGAUAGGAUCAGUCUUGAUCUCGGCCCACAGGGGGCAGAUUAGACUUAUACAGGAAUCUGAACGUAGGCGUAAUGUGGCGCUUCAGAUGCUGGACCAACAGACGGCGGAGCAUACUCGAGGUACAAAAAGGCGAUAUGCGGAAUCCGAGGACGAGGAGCUGUUCUGUGGAUUUCCACCCGCAUUCGAGAUGCCACCGCCAGUCAGAAGUGAAAUACACCCUAAGGUAUUUCGUUCCAAUGAUUGUAAUGAUUUAGGAGUCUCUGGAAGACAUCCUACUGAAAAUUUAAGAAGAUCCUCUAGAGUUUUUAAGAAGAAGGUCGAUAGAAAUUUUGUUUAUUUCAAGUAAAAUACCUGAGUGCGGAGAAUUACAAAUUGGUAUAGUUUAUAAGAAUGUAUUUAGAUAGGUUUAAUGAAUGUUAAUAAGUAGUAUCUUAAGAGGGAAGAUAUUGUAAUAUACCUUUCCAAUCAUAAAAAUACUUUGAUGUAAAUAUCUAUAGCA